AUGACGAUUUCCGCUAUGCCGCUGCUAUUGCUUCUUCUUGUCAGCUUGUCUGUAGGUUCUUGUGUGGGUGACCAUCAUCAGCUCCUCAACUUCAUGACAGUGAAAACAAGCUCCCUAAAGCAUAUCGCAGAAGGCGCCGUCUGCUCCGGACACAAGGUGACAAUGCCGUCCGGCGACGGUGUCAGGUGGGUACCAAUGAACCGCCCGCACGGCCCAUGCUCGUCGGCGGCGGCGACUACGGUCGUCGACGGCAUGCUCCUGUGGGACCAGCUACGCACCAGCUCAAUCCGGAGGAAGCUCUCCGGCGGCAGGGCCGGCGAUGGCCUGCCGGUCAUCCACUCCCGUGAAGCCAAAACUAGCAACAUCGACAGCAGUAUGACUGCGAAAAGCACGCUGGGGGGCGGCGGCGGGACAAGCUCCACGACAAUGGAAAGGACCAGCGAACACUUGUACUCCAAGGUGAGCCAAACGGUGGUGGUGGACACGAGCAGCGACAUUCCGUGGGUGCAGUGCCUCCCGUGCCCCGCCCCGCAGUGUCACCUCCAGAAGGACCAACUCUACGACCCCGCCAACUCCAGCACGUACGCACCUAUCCCCUGCGGCUCCCCUGCCUGCACGGAGCUCGGUAGCAGCCACAGCAGUGGCUGCUCCGCCGGCUCCGACCAAUGCAAGUACAUCCUCGACUACGGCGACGGCAGGGCCACCGCCGGGACAUACGUCACCGACACGCUGACCUUGUCGCCCACCAUCGCGGUCAAGGGCUUCCGGUUCGGGUGCAGCCACGCCGUGAGGGGCACCUUCAGUGACCAGACCGCCGGCGUCCUGGCCCUCGGCGGCGGCGCUGGGUCCCUCCUUGCGCAGACCGCGGAGACCUUCGGCAACGCCUUCUCCUACUGCGUCCCGCACCCGAGCUCCGAUGGAUUCCUCUCGCUGGGCGGGCCGGUGGGGAACUUGUCGCAGUUCGCGAGCACGCCUCUGAUCAAGAACCAACACGCUCCGACGUUCUACAUCGUCCGCCUGGAGGCAAUCACCGUGGCUGGGAGGCGGCUCGACGUGCCGCCGGCUACGUUCGCCGGUGGUGCGGUGAUGGACUCAGGGGCGGUCGUCACGCAGCUGCCACCGUCGGCAUACGCAGCGCUGCGGGCAGCGUUCACGAGCGCCAUGACGGCGUAUGGCCCGCUUGCGGAUCCCGUACGCAACCUUGACACGUGCUAUGACUUGACCCGCUUCCCCGAGGUCAAUGUCCCUAAGGUGUCCCUAGUGUUCGCAGGCGGUGCCACCUUGGAGCUCGAGCCGGCGUCCAUCAUGCUGGACGGCUGCCUGGCUUUCACGGCCUCCCCUGGCGGCCACGGCUCCAUCGGAUUCAUCGGCAACGUGCAGCAGCAGACCUACGAGGUUUUGUACGACGUCGGCAGCGGGAGCGUGGGAUUCCGCAGUGGCGCGUGCUGA